UAGUAUUGAAGAAGGCACAUCUGGGUGAAAAUGUAUAUGCACGGAUAAAAAACUGAGGCUGCAUGCUUUCAAAUUCAUUUGCUCACAUUAUUAUUAAAAAGCAAGAGAUAAUAUUACUUUGAAGUGUGAAUCUGAAUAAGCUGUAAACGCAAGCGGAGUUUUUUCGCGUCGCAUACGAAGCCGUGAGUACCCAAUCUGAGCUGCGCAAUCGACGUCAAAGUGAUCAUGUUGCUGUUGUUACCGCUGCUGAUGGUGGUGUUGUAUUCGAAUAGCGCAUACGCAAAGGUGGUUGACCUGACCCACAUUUACGGCCCGGAUGUGCUGUACCCACCCGUUGGGCCUGGAGGCACGUUUCCCGUGUUUAAUUUUACCAUCAUGCAUCGCGGGUACGAUCCAUCACUGAAAGCCUGGGUGGAAAUCAACUGGUUCGGCGUGUUCGAGCACGGAAGUACGCAUGUCGACGCGCCUGCGCACUACAGCCAGGGCCGCGCGCACCUGCAUGAGAUUCCGCCGGAGCAGCUAGUGGGUCCCGGCGUAAUGAUUGACAUCAAGAACAAAGCAUCCAAGAUCCCAGACUACCUGCUGACCAUUGAAGACAUUCUUGUCUGGGAGAAGCAAUACGGCAAGGUACCGCAAGGUGGCAUCGUGAUGAUGAACACUGGGAAGCAUAAGCUCUACCCGGACGCGAAGCUCUUCUACGGCACCGAGACGCCUAGUAAUAUGAGCAGCUACCACAACGCUGGCGUGGAGCCCAUGGCCGCUCGUUGGCUCAUGCAUAACCGACAAAUCAAAGCCUUUGGAACAGAUGCUCACAGCUGCGAUCCAGGUCAGAACAACAACCGAAAUCUUUGUCACGAGGAAUUCCUGCCCAAUGGAGUCAUUCUACUUGAAUUCGUAGCGAAUUUGGACAGAAUGCCGAUUAAUGACUCUACAAUUUUUAUAGGACCAAUGAAAAUGCGCGACGGAAGCGGCGGACCUUGCCGAAUCCUUGCGAUUUUCGGCGAACACAUCGAAGGGGUUUCAUUGGCUAGAAGAAGUCAAGGGCCGUUUGCUGGAUUGUUAUUGGUCGUUAUUUUGUGCAGAGUUCUUAAAAUAUAAUGAACGUCUCUACGAAAUCUUAUUUUUUUAUAGAAAAAUACCAAAACCAGUUCUACUUGAAUAAGCAAUUUUUAAUUAGGGUUCGGAAUAUAUAAAUCUAAAAAGUAUAACAACAAUAAGCUAGAGUUAAAUAUAUGGCACGGAUACUGUGUUAAUAGUGUCUUAUUGAGUUUGUUUACCUUACUACCUUUUAUUGAUUUACAUAUAUUUGCAUGAUAUUAUAUUGUAUAACAGUAUCUUACGUACGAUUAAUCUUUAUCUAUAGCACUUUGUAUACAGGUCAAAUUUAUUGAUAUAAAACGACUGCCCUUGAAAAUUCCAAGUUCUAGCGUAAACGUUUUAAGUUAACAAAAAGUGGGGCUUGGAACCGACCAACUAAAGCAUACCUUUUUGUAAUCAGGUCUUAUAAUAUCGUAAGGUCAUUAGUGGCAAUCUUAUAUAACGUAAAUCAUUUAUGGGAAGUUUAAAAUAAAUGUAACAAUCGUC